UUUUGAUUUUAUCUCAACUUUACCUUUUAUGGUUUAGUUCAGUUUUUGGGAGCAAACCCACAAAUAAAAUGAAAACUCCUCCAACAUCAGAUUUAAGAAACAUCAUCGCUUCAUUUACAAGUCCUAACGAGAAAAAAUGUCUUGAAGUAAUCAUCGGGCUGGAAACUGGAACUGGAACAGACAACUUGAAAAUAUUUCUAAAAGAUAUUUCCUCUCUUAAACAACUGAUUGAACCAGCAAGCCUCAAUUCUAAAUGUUAUUUUGUAAUAACAAAUCAGGAGUUUGAGGGUACAGUUGUAUCAGGUUUGAAACCCAGGUUGAUCAUUCAAACAGAUCCACAAAAAGAAAACUUUACAGAAGACACGGAGGGUGUUUCAACAAUCAUUAUUAGAUCUGAUUCUCCCAACAUCAAAUUCAGGAGUAUACAUGGAGAGCUUUAUACUGGAGUCUGGUCUAAGGUAUAUUCAAGACUAAUGUUUAAAGAGGGAAAGAAUAUAAAAACAAUUCAAUCUUUGGAGAACAGACACUUAAGGAUAGCAUAUAACAUUUUCCUUCCUCGGAUGAAUGUAAUCAACAAUGUCUGUGAUGCAAACACUUUCGAAGGAAUAUAUCUUAGUACGUUUAUAGAAAAAUAUAACUGCAAUGUUGUGUACACUGAUAUGGGAAAUAAAUGGGGAUCUCCUAACCCUGUAACUGGAAUCUGGAGCGGGCUCAUUGGAAUGGUUGGAUACGAUAAAGCGGACCUAGGAGUUGGAUAUAUUGGAUACAACGCAGAACGAAGUAAUUUUAUCACAUAUACAAUUCCAGUGGGGGAUGCAGUACUAUUAUGGGUAUCUAAGUAUCCAGGGAAGGUAUCUCCACUACUUAACAUCAUAAAGGUGUUUGACGAAUUUAGCUGGUUUGCUAUUUUCCUAAGCAUGUUAGCUGUAAGUGGCACUCUUCCUCUUAUUGUUUACUAUGAACCAGAGUCUUCAAAAAAUAAGCUAAGCUAUACCAAACUUGUUGUGGUGUGUAUCAUGAAUGAAGAUCAAAUACCCAAAUGGCUCAAGCUUAAAGCCAGAAAAGGCAUGUCGGGAAAUAUUAUCCUGUUAGUCUGGGGUUUGUGUUCAACCCUGAUAUUUCUAGCAUUUUCCUGCAAUCUCAGAGCAAUUCUUUUAAAUCCUUCCUACAACGCACCAAUUGAUACUGCUGAACAAAUUGUUAAAAGUAAAAAGACUGGAUUUAUUUUGGAAGCAUCUCGUCAGUUUUCUAUUCUACAAUCCUCACCUAACCCCUGGCAGGUCAAGAUACUGGACAAUCAUAAAACUUAUAAUCCACAGAUAGAGCCGACUGAGGUUGUUUUAUUGAGAAUGCUGAAAAACAUGUCAAAUGUCGUCCUAAGUCUAUCAGAGGACACUGCGCUAGAUGUUAUUCAAGGGAAUUCUGAACUCUACGAACUAGAACAUCCCCCUUUCCACUUCAGCAAGGAGCCGAUUGAAGCUUAUUACAAAAGCUGGGCUGUUCAGAAAGGUUCAAAAUGGGAGAAAGCAAUUAAUUCCCAUAUUUUAAGAUGUCACCAGGCCGGGUUUGAUGUAAAACUGAUGAAAAGAUUGAGAAAAGGAAAUUUUCAUAGGAAAUAUUACGAGGAAAAGCUAGAUAUAGAGCAUCUUGCAGUCCCAUUUCUAAUCCUGUCAUCUGGAUACGUUCUUUCUGCACUUGUGUUUGCGGUUGAAGAGUUAGCUGGUCAGAAAAGGAAAAAAAUUCUAAAUGAAUUUGACUUUUGAAAUAAAUAUUAGAAAUAAUUA